GCCCUCCAGGCGCCGCCGCGCCUCUGUGGCUUCCACGUCGGAGCUCCGCAGCGGCGGCCCGGAGAUGGCGGCGGCCGAGGAGGCGGGCGCGGCGGCCGAGCCGCUGUUCGCAGGGCUGGCGGAGGUGUCGAUCUCGGAGGGGAUCCCGGUGGAGGGCGAGAUCGCGGUGCCGCUGCGCUCCGGCCCCGCCGACGAAGACGCCUCCACGCUGGACGAGCCGGUCCGCGACACCAUCAUGCGGGACCUGCGCGCGGUGGGGAAGAAGUUCGCGCACGUGGCCUACCCCAAGAAGAGCAGCGCCCUCCUGCGCGACUGGGACUUGUGGGGCCCUUUAAUCCUCUGCGUCCUGCUGGCCCUAAUGCUGCAGGGAAGAUCAGCUGACAGCACGGAAGACAAAGGGCCGCAGUUCGCAGAAGUCUUCGUUAUCAUUUGGUUUGGAGCUGUGGUCAUAACUCUAAACUCCAAACUGCUUGGAGGAACCAUAUCUUUCUUUCAGAGCCUUUGUGUCCUGGGCUAUUGCAUCCUGCCGUUGACAGUGGCUCUGCUGGUAUGCAGACUGGUGCUUCUAGCAUAUUCUGGGACCAUCAGCUUCAUUGUGCGCCUUCUAGUGGUGAUGGCUAUGUUUGGCUGGUCAACUCUAGCCUCUACAGCCUUCCUGGCAGAUAGCCAGCCCCCGAAUCGCAAGGCCCUGGUUGUGUACCCCAUCUUCCUUUUCUAUUUCGUUAUCAGCUGGAUGAUCUUCACCUUCGCUCCUUAGGGAGGCGUAAUGAGCACAGAAGUGCUUUUGUGGCAGUUGGCUCUGUCCCCGUGCGGUCCUCUAAUCGAUGUUGAUAGUAUGUGUUGUGGGAAGGCAGAAAAUGGGAUAAAUCUAGGAAUUACUCGCAAAUUCCUUGUUCUUCUGUGAAGCAGUUUCUUGAAUGAUGCUGACAUCUCCCUGCAGAGUAUUUCUUUUGUCCUGCUGCUAUAGUAAAUGCCCACCAGGGGACUUGCCUGCCCCAUUUGAAGUAUGCUGCAGCUUGAAGGGCAGUUCCAGAGAAUCCUGUCUUGAGCUACGAAGAAUGUUGAUGAGGUUGAUAUCCAACAUUGACCAGCUUCCUGGAAUUCCAGUCCACCCUUGACAUUUUACAUUCCAUAGAAUGUCGCCUUACACCUUUUUAAAUGCAAACAUUUCAAUCCCUUCAUUGUGCAAACCACAGAAAGCUAUCUGGAGUUGGUUAGAAGGUGUCUUGUUCUUUCACCCAUUUUAGUUCUUCACCAGAAAAUCUGGUGUUACUUGAGGCCCAGCCAAGCUCAACAGGAAAGCUUGCUCCAGAAAGCCAAGAUCAGAUCACAGCCUGAGCGUAAUGCAUUUAACAUGUUUUAAGUCUUACAAGUUCAUGGGAACAAUACCCUUUGCCAGUUGUCUUGAUCACAUGCAAGGUACUUUAUCAAUGAAGCAUUUUGUCCUGAGAAAGAUGGUGGGUGCUGGACAGUGACCGUUGGGUGCAAACACAACUGGAGACUGGCAGUGAGUUACGACAGAGGAGAUUCCUGUCUUUCAGAACACACUGCGCACGGGCUCCAGUACUUAACACUGGAGAAUCCAAGGAGGCCUUGGGGGAAAGCAGUCCUUAUGAAAGGUAUGGGCUUCUUGGACUUGCUGUAAGGAUCUAGUUCUAAAUGAAAAUGUGUUUGAAUGGGGGCUUCACAUCAGUGAACUGGUCUUUCUGACAUGAAUGCAUUUGUUCAGUUCCUGUGUCUUUUGGAAACUGUUAAAUGAAAAUGUAACUGCUGAAAGAAAAUGUGAAAAUAUGUAUCAUAAGAACUGAGGAGGGAGCUAUAUAAAUUAUUCACUGAAACUCUAUGUGCACAUAGUUUAAUCCUGAAUUCUCUACUGAGCUCUUGCCAAAGCUUGGAAAGACACACACCCCUCCCAGAUUGGUGCUGACUGUAAUCUGCUGACGUCAGCAAAGAAUGGUAGUCAGGCAGAGACGGUGAAAGAAGCGGCUUAUUCGGAACUGCCCAUUUCCAAAUGCACAGUGGACUAGCUUUGCACGCGUUUUUCUGUUCUGUAUGGAAUAUCUGGUGAGAGCUUACACGCCUCUUGAGGUUUUCUGUUUAAGUUCCACACAAUGCUGAGUAAAUUAGCUGUAUGAUGGGACAAAAGGAAAACUGACCUUCCGUUUGCAUCAAAUUUGAAAAUAGAAUAACCCUGGGGGGAAAGGUAAGCAUUUGAAGUGACAACUUGGGAAAGUGGCCUGCAUUUUGUGCCCCCAGUUUCUGAAUCUUUUGAAUUGUAGCAGUGUAGGCAUUUGUUGCCCAGCAUCGCAAUAUUGGCCAUAUGGAAUUCAGUGGACAGCAGACUCUGCCUACUGUCCUCGCUCGCUUGCACCUGUGAAGGCAAACUCUCGAGGUCCUCGUGAGCAGAAAUCAAAACAGGCCUUCCUUGUGUCUGUACAAGUUCCAGGAGGACUUUUAAACCAGUCCUUUAAAGUGCCGCUCCUUUUAACAUGCAUGAGAGGUCUUCUCAUGAGAAGCUGAGCCUCCGAUCUGACCUCUGCUUUAGAAGAACAUUUCUGGGUCAUCCAAAGACACGAGAACAAGACUGACGCAGAGGAGCCUUGAAAAUUAAACUGCCCGUUUUGUGUUUGUCUAACCUGAAAAGAGCGCAAAUCCUCAUUUGCACUUUUGUUCUUCAAGGUGACUUGUUCUAUCAAAAUUAAAAUACCGCUUUUUAGGGUUUUCUUUGUUCUGUCAACAUAGUAAGCCUCCUAAAACAACAUACAAGGAUCUAUUUGCAGAUUGAUCAGUGAAAGCCAUUUUCAUAUUAUGAUCAGAUUUACUGGGCGUGUGUAGGAUCUGUCGCAAUAACGGCCUCUCACACAAAGUUCCAUAUGACAGCUUUUCUCACCAGCUCUGUGUAAGGACUGUUCACAUACAGCUAUUCUGGGUGAGCUGAUGGACGUGUACACAGCAAAUGAACAAGUUUAUGGGGAGAAGAGGGCAGAAUCCCUCUGGCCUCCAAGUGUUUCCGGUUCCAGGGGCAAGAGGGGAGUGUAAAAUAAUUGUGCAGUUCAUAGAGUGUGGCAGAGAUCAAUGCGGACAUUUUAAGUCCUGUAAGCACAAUCUAGGAUUUAGACUGCAUGUACUAAUGCUGUACAAAACAGCAAAACUGACCAAGUAGUUUGUAGGAAUAAGAGUCGUAACAAAUGUGUGGCACUGGUAAGUCCCUAUCUAAAAGCAGAACUUAAGCUUUAAAUGGUUUGUGUGUGUGCAUUACCCCUCCAGUCACUCUUCUGUCCGUUUCAUGUUUGCUGUGGCUAUAUAAAAGAUCUCUUUAAAUGAUAGUUUUGAUGUUGGGCUUCACUGCUUGCAUUUAUGUAGGCAGGAUAAGUCUUAAGACUUUAAAAAUUAAAAUCCUAAGAGAUGUGUGGUGUAAUACUAGAUCACUUUUAAAGGUAUUUCCCAGCUGCCUUCAAAUGCUGAGAUUUUACACAAUACAGGUCAUAUGCCUUAAAUCAGCCCUUACUGUGGCUUUGUACCCCUGAUGUGGUGGAAUGUACCUGAUGUGGCCAAAGAAGAUCUAUUGGCAAAUGAGAAAAUGUGAUGAAUUUUCUCUUGAAUUGUCCCUCCUGGAGUGCAUUGACUCUACGAUCGUUUAAUAGAACAUCUUUGUACCCAUUCUGUUCACAGUCAGGCACUUUGCAUUAAUUUAUUAUAUUUAUGGGAUGCUUUAUAUGAAAUUAUACUACUGAGGAAGGCCCUUUGGAGGAAACAUGGCUGGUUCUGGUUCUAUACAUAUGGAGAAAAAUGUACAAAUAAUACCUGUAUAUUUGAAAAUCGUCCAUUUGAAUACACAGUGAUAUGGCACCGAUAUGCUGAACCACUAUUGUUUUUAGCUAUUUAUUUUUCACUUGUGUUUGAUUAAAUUAUAUACAGGUCUUAAA